AUGGGCCUCUUCUGCAAACCUCCCCGUAGAAGAAUCACCCCCCUUCUCUACAGCUGGUCCCGCCAACGCAGGUCCCCCGGGCCAGACAGGAGGGACCUCAACGUCGAUGCCGCCGCCGCCGCCGCUCGCGUCUCCUACCGGCGUUCCUCGAGCCUUUCUCCCCCAGCCGGCACCUUUGACGGUGCUGGCUCUGUUUCUAGCUUUAGAUCGCACACGCGCCCUCCCCGACGACGUCGCGAACAAAAACUCUACGCUACGUCGGGGGUGGACGAUUGCUGUAAUGGGUGCGAUGAGUGUUCUUUGCCGGAACGGGGGGGGGACCAGGAGGCCGAGCUUGCUUGCUGCGAUGGCUGUUGCUCCCCCUCUUUUUCCUCGUCUGCCCCCUGCUGCUGCUGCUGCUAUUCGGGACGUCGCAUCGACUGUUGCCCUGACUGUGAGCAGACUCCUAGCUAUGGUAAUGGUCGUCUUGGGAGUCGACUAGAUCGAUUUUGUGGUGCUGGGGUGGGCUGUUCCGUAGACGCUUGUGCCUACGAGACUGGACUGGACGGUGCGGGUGGGUGUGAUUGUCCGGCACGUUGA